AUGGCAGGUAUCAUCAACGGCAUCCUCGGAGGACUAGGCAACGCUGCAUGCUCGCUCCUCAACAGCUGUGAAAGUAGCUCUUCGACAGACAGCGAACCCGCUUCGACCUCUGCUGCUGCUGCGUCGACCAAGGCAGCAGACAGCGUCGCCGACAACACUCGAGUAGUUGCCACAUUUGUCACCGUGGCGCCUUUUACGGCGUCUACUAGCCCAGCGAGGGCGACGAGUUCUGCCAUCGCGGCCGCUGUUGCGUCAUCUGCAUCUCCUAGCCUCUCUGUGCGCUCUCAGACGACACAGACAUCCCCAAUCGCCACGGCUGCGACCACAGCGACCACGUCCCCGAGUGCACUCACGACGUCCACACCGGAGGCGAUCGCCAGCACCUUUGUGACGAGCAGGGUCAUACUGGCCUCUCAAUCUGCCUCUCAGACUGCGACUGUCGCUACUGAGAGCAGUGACGGCAGCAGCAGCAGCACCGAUUCGACGUCAAGCUCAGUCAGCUCUAGCAGUGUCUCCACCUCAUCAGCGGCCGAUUCGACACCGAGAGGCGCAAUCGAUGCCGACCUCGUCUUGCUGGGCCUCUUCGCAUUCCUGCUACUAGCUGCAUUAGUUGUCAGUCGACGGCGCGUCCAACAGAGCAAAGCAAGGGCACUGGCUCUUCAGAGGACUCCAAGUGUUGAGCCCUAUCGCUUGUCAGACCUGAAAGAAGACGACCAGUACUCGAGCGAUAGCGAGUGCGAUAUGUCCAUCAGAGCAAGCACAGCGAUGGGGUACGCCAAGCUCGACCUCGCCUCGCUGCCACGAGCUCAACGCGUCUCGACGUUGCCCUACUUAUCCUCUCAAUCCAGUCAGCGCUCAUCCACAGUCGAUCCCCUUGUGGUGCGGCAGCGCCUGUACGAAGCCUUGCCAGAGCCGCCGAUUUCACAAGCAGAUCACCAACUGGGCACAGCAGGCCCAUCUUCCACACAGCGCGAGCUCUUCUGCUUACAGUCGCUCCGACACUCACAGGCAUCGCUCGGCGAGCACGGCAACGAGAAAGACGACGACGACGCUCUCAAGUAUGGGCACCAGGUUGAGCUUUCCUGCGCCAUUGACGAGUCCACCCAGUCUGCCCUUGCCGCCCUCGCCCUCACUACUGAAGGAGACUUGGCUGCAAGAGCUGAGGAGAGAAGCGACUCGCCAGCAGGCAGCCCGGGCUGCUCACAAAGUGUGCGGUCCUCCCUACAGGGCCAGAUGACGGCGACAGGUGCCGGCAGAGAGAUGCUCGGCAGGCUGAACGUCGUUGCCAUACAUCUCAGCCUGAUCGCCCUCGUCGUCUCGCUUGCGCUGUACAGAUUCCUUUGGGCCGACGCCGAUGAUCCCUAUCGUUGCGAAGCCUUGCUCAACAGUGGCUCAUUCCUUGACGCACCUGCAAGUCACAGCAAUUGGCAACCUCAAGGCUGCAUCCUGCAUAAUUACAAGGUCUCCGAGGUAACGGCUUGCCUGGGCAAGCGACGAGUGCUCUUCAUCGGUGACUCAACUGUACGACAAGUGUAUUAUGGUCUGGCCAAGACGCUAGAUCCAGAAGUGGACACGAUAGCGGAGAAACAUUCGGAUAGACAGCUCGUACUUGCAGGCGUUCAGCUCGACUUUGUCUGGGAUCCUUUCCUCAAUGGCACUCGAACAGAGUCCUUAUUGCAAGGCAUGUCAGACGAGCUCGAUCUCAGCCCGCCGACAGUGGUUGUUCUGGGCUCGGGCAUGUGGUUCCUGCGCAACCAUGGCUCAGAGCAAGCUAUCAGUCUUUACACCGCAACGCUAGAAAAAGUACUCGAUUCUGUCAAGACGACCAAUGCUAGAGGCCGUCCCAUGACCGACGAGCUCGUCAUACUGCCCGUCGAGCCUGUCGUGGUAGAAAAGCUCAGACCGGAUCGCGCAGCCACGAUACGAGAAGAGGACAUCGAGACCAUGAACAAUCUGCUCCGAGUUCGAUCGGACGCGACAGUCAGUCCGACUGGCUUCUCCAUACCGUGGUCUUUCAAUGACGUGCUCGCCGGCAACGAGGAUCAGACGAUAGAUGGUAUGCAUUAUGCGGAUCCCGUGGCGAAGUUGCAGGCAAAGAUUUUGCUCAAUCUGCGCUGCAACGACGUUUUACCCAAGAAAUUCCCGCUCGAUAAGACUUGUUGCUUCCAGUACAGCGCACCGAACUAUGUCCAAGCAUUUGUCAUCCUGCUUUUGCUCGGAUGGGCGCCAUUGGGCAUGUUUCUCUUGCGAGAGGGCAACACCGGCCAUCGCUUCGAAGCAUACUUUCCAUCAGCCAGUGUCCUCGUACCAUUGUCAACAUUCGGCUUCGCCAUCGUCUUCAUCUUCCUGGGCGAUCGCACAUCGCUCUUUUUGAAGGAAGCCAAGCAAUUCAGCGCGCUACAAUUUGCGGUGCUCAACCUAGCAGCGCUUGGCGUCGGUCUGGCGACAAUGAAGCCCGCUGAAAAGGAUCUUGGCUUCCUCAAUCGUGAUCAGACGGACGAGUGGAAAGGCUGGAUGCAGAUCGCCAUCUUGAUCUACCAUUAUCUGGGCGCAUCCAAGGUGUCCGGCAUCUACAAUCCAAUUCGCACGCUCGUGGCGGCAUAUCUCUUUCAGUCGGGCUAUGGCCACACCACCUUUUAUUACAAAAAGGGUGACUACGGACUUGCACGCGUCAUGUCGGUCGUGAUUCGGCUGAAUCUGCUGACAAUCGCACUCACGUACGCCAUGGACACCGACUAUCUAUCGUACUACUUCUCGCCGCUCGUUACGAUGCAUUUUGGCUUCAUCUGGAUCAUCAUGUUUGUCGGCAACCAGUGGAAUAAGAACGCUUACUUUCUGCUCGCCAAGAUCAUCAUUGGCGCCGCUCUCGCCGCCAUCUAUUUCGAACUUGGCAAGCCUCUCGAGUACACCUUUCGCGCAAUCAAUGCUGUCUUCAGGACGCAGUGGAUCGCGCGCGAAUGGUCUUUUCGCGUCACACUCGACAUGUACAUUGUCUUCUGGGGCAUGGCGGCAGCGCUCGCCUUUAUCAAGUUUCAGGAGCACAAGAUAGCAGAUCGGCCGGACUGGCCUAUCUUUGCGCGGGCGGGCAUCAUAGUAGGCUCAUUGGGCAUGCUCGGCUUCAUGAUCUUCGAGCUCACGCAGAACAAAUUUGACUACAACGUCUACCAUCCCUUCAUCUCGAUCAUCCCGGUCGGCGCAUUCUGCGUCUUGAGGAACGCCACGCCAGCCUUGCGAUCCACAUCGAGCAAAUUCUUCAUCUUCUUCGGGCACUGCUCGCUCGAAACUUUCAUCAUCCAGUUCCAUCUCUGGAUGGGCGCCGACACCAAGGGUCUGCUGAUGAUGAUCCCUGGCACGCAAUGGCGCAUCGUCAAUUUCAUUGUUGCCAGCUUCAUCUUUGUCUUCAUCAGCAAUCAGGUUGCUCGAGCUACCGGCGAGCUGACCAGCUGGCUCAUGGGCAACACGAAGCAUGAGAAGCCAGCGGCAUUGCCAACGCAUGCGAACGGCAACGGCGCAGAGUACAUACCUCUGGCAGCCAAUGGCGAGGAACCAACGAAAUCAGAAGAGCCCAUGGUGGCCACAGAAAGUUCAGGUAUCAGGAUCAUGCGAAUCAUCUCUAGUGAUCUCAGGUUUCGCCUGCUGGCCUACAUCGUCAUCAUCUGGGCCAUCAACAUCCUGUAUCCAUCUCUGAGGCCGCCGGACGGUCACAUUCUGGUCCAGGCAGUGAACGAAAGCUCAGCAGCGAGAUACUACGGUACGCGUGUGCAGCCGUUGGUCAAUAGCAUGAAUAUGGCUGGGCCAGAUGCAUUCUGCUGCUGUUGUCACAGUCACAAAAGAGAGUGA